UUCACCUCAAUGACAAAAAACAACACACUCAUAAUUCCUCUCGAUCUAAAAUCAUCAAAGGAAACAAGAUGCAUGCUGCGAAGGAAAAGGUGAAGGACGCGGCCAGCACCGCUAAAGAGAAGUUGCGGGAAGGCACCGCAGAAGCCCAUGAGAAGACGGGGAAGGCUACGGCCACGAAUAAGCAGGAGAAAGAACUGGCGAAAGAAACAUCCAAAGCCGAGAAAGCUCAUGCAAAGGCUGAUCUGCACCAGGAGAAGGCUGAACACCAAGCGGAUUCUGCCACUCAUCAUGCUGGCGGACACCAUGUUCCUCUCACUGGUCCUCAUCACCACUAUCCAGGGGAGACGCCGCUCGGCACUGCGGACCCAAUUUAUCCGGCUUCCGGCCUCAAUCCAAAUACCAAAAAUCUCUUAUGAGUGUCUACUAUUUAGAGAGCAUAAAUAAAUAUCCGUGCAGGUCAUGCUUGUGUCUGAUAUGUAUCAGAACACUAUCAGACGUCAUGGAUUGAACUGGUUUUCUUUGCUUUCG